AUGAUAUCGUUUACAACUCAAAGUAUAAAUGAUUUAUUUAGUUCAUCUUUAAACUAUUCAAUCCCAAUUGGAUUUAUUGCAAGAAAUGAAAGAGUAUUGGGUAAAGAAGAAAAUGAAAAAAUUAGAUUUUAUACAGAAGAGAUUACCUUAGAUUCAAGCGUUUUUAUAUUUAAAUCAAAAAAUCGUAUUACUUUUGUGCAUAUUGACUCAAACUAUGACGAUAGAAUUAACUUAGAAAAGAUUGAGGAAGAGUUACAAUACGUUCUCAGCGACAAAGAUAAUGGUGAUGAAAUGGUUAUGGUAUUCAGAUGCUUUAAUAUCCCAGUUAGAAAAGAUGCUGUAGAAAAACAAAGAGAAACCAACUCCACCGUCGAACUAAUUUGGAUUGAUAUUCAAAACAAACUUAAAGAAAAAUUAAAGGGAAUCAUCGAAUUUAAAGAAAUUAAUGUUGUUGAAAGUAUCAGUAUUUCAUUAUCAGAUAAAGCACCAAUUCUUCAAAGAAUUCCUGAAGAGUAUUUAAAGGUUUCAAAAAUCAAUCAAUCUCUUUUAAACUCGAUUUCGAUUAUCAACGACUUUGUCGAUCCAGCUAUUCAAUUAAAGGGCCCACCAAGCAAUAUUAUUAUCUUUGAAAAUGGUUUAUGGAACGAUCAAUUAAUCUCUCAAAUGACAACCCCAAACACUUUAGCCAACGAAUUCCUUUUACAAGACCCAAACCAAUUUGAAAAAUAUUUAGAACCAUUUUUAAAAAUUCAUAAUUCAAUCGACUCUACACAAUUAAAUAAUUUUAUAGAUCAAUUAUUCCAGGCAAUUAAUAUUUAUAGGGGCUCAUUAAAUUUAGGGUCAAUAAAAAAAGCUAAAGUUGGUCCCAAUGAUAUUUGCCCAUGUAAAUCUAAACAAAAGUUUAAAAAGUGUCAUGGUUCAAUUAAAAAUGGUAUCAUACGUAAAACAUAUUUAGAGUAUUAA